AUGGACUGUAGUACGUACUGUACGGCAGUUGAGAUCGUCCCAUGUGAUCCCUGUGGCCAGGGACAACCAUCACCAUCACCAUCACACAUCAGGUCCUCCUCUCCCUCCCCUCCUCCACCUCCGUACGCCGCCACUUCAUCCAUCAACCGCGCUCCACCUGCUGCCUGCAUCCUUCCCUCUCCCAGCUUGCAGCGCUCCGCCUACCGCCAAUCCCCAAUGGCCUUCAUCCCCUCCCUUCCCCUCGCCCGCGGUCGUCUUAAGCCCUGCACGCCUUUGGUCCGCCCUCCCUUUCAAGCUCCCCGCACAUCUCGCCAUCCCCCAGCCGCCAACUUCUCCACCGCCCGCGACGCCACCCCUACACAAGUUUGUCCUCAGUGCGCCGACCGCAAGACCCUCCCUUGCACCCUUUGUAAUACCUUCGGCUUUCUCGAAGUCAACGAGGCCACCGUUUGGCGCACCUGUCACAUCUGCAAGGCCCAGGGCAACAUUCCCUGUCCAGCGUGUAGCCCACCCCCGAAAGAUAAUUCACAAAAGCCUCAGAUAGCUCCCGCCAACCAACAACAGUAG